AGAUAGUUCCUGAGAAGCGAGGCGGCGGCAGUUGCAAUCUGCGGAGGAAGGAAAUCCCGUCUCCCUCUUGGAAUUUCUCCCUUUUCCUGCCUUUUUCUUCCCACCAAAAUGGUGCUGGAUCUCUACCUGGACCUGGAUUCGCAGCCGUGUCGCGCCGUUUACGUCUUCGCAAAGAAGAACAACAUCCCCUUCCAGUUCAAGCGCAUCGACCUGAUGAAAAUGGAGCAAAGGGCCGAGUGGUUUCUGAAGGUCAACCCUGUGGGUCAAGUGCCGGCCAUGAAGGACGGAGACUUCGCCUUGUCCGAGAGCAUCGCCAUCCUGCUCUACCUGGCGAAGAAAUUCAACGUCGCUGACCACUGGUACCCCUCCGACGUGGAAAAGCGGGCGAGAGUGGACGAAUACCUGGCCUGGCAACACACGGCCAUCCGGAAGUUUGGCUGCGAGGUCUUUGUCAUCAAGGCGCUGGCCCCUGUCUUCCUGGACCCGCUUCCCCCCGAAAAGCUGGAGGCGGCCGUGAAGGACCUGGACGAGGCCCUGAGGCUCUUUGAGGACAAGUUCCUCCAGGACCGGCCCUUCAUCGCCGGACGCCAGGUCUCCCUGGCCGACCUGAUGGCCAUCGAGGAAAUCAUACAGGUCGUCGCCACCGGACACGAUGUUUUCCGAUCUCGUCCCAAGAUGGCCGCCUGGCGCUCGCGGGUGGAGGAUGCCAUUGGGAAGGAGCUCUUCCAGGAGGCUCACAAAGCCCUCUUUCACCCUCCGGAGCUGAGUGUGGAUCAGUACCCGCCGGCCCUGAAGGAGCAGACAAAGGAAAGCCUGGUCAAGUGGAUCCGCUGACGACAACGGUGGCGUCAAUGCGGAUCGCGACGCAGAUCAACAUAGAAUAGUGGCGCUUUUAGCUCAGAUUAAAAUGGAGAGCCUGGUAACGCUCUCCUUGGCUCUGCAGGAAGGCUUCACAAUCAGCAAUGCCAUGUUAGGAACCAAGACAGGGAUUCUGACCCGUUUAGCCUUACGAAUCCUGACGCUUCUGCUGGCGAUUAUAAAAUCAUAUACAAAUGGAUAUAUAAUUUGCUUUCUUUUAAAAUGGGAGGUCAAGGCAAAAGGUGUUAGGAUUGGGAAUUAGGAGCCAUCGGCUUUGCAUGAGGCACAUUUCAAUGCCAGGAAAGUGUGGGGACAAAAACGGAUGUUGUAAAGCAAAGCCUUUAAAGGCAAUGAAGGGCUAUUAACUUUAGCAAAGAGCGGCUCAUCUGCCAGCGACAUAAAGGUAUAAAUGGCUUUUAUUUCGCUUAAGCAAAGUUCAAGGCAGCAAAUGCUUUCUGGCAAACUGUUACAAAAUGAAGGAUUUUAAAGGCAGCUUGGCUAAGAAUUAGGACUCAUGAGUCUGACAAAAAUCUUGCUCUUUGGCUCAAUAAAAAUGGCCCUGAAUUGGGUUUUCUUUCCAACA